CGUCCGGAAGACUUAGAGCCCGUGCGGAGGCGGUGCGGAGCGCUCGGGUUCUCGCGGCUUGAGAACGAGUGAGUCCUGUGAGGCCGCGGCGGAGCUUCUUUAUAGAAGGCGCAGGAAGUUGGCGGCUUCGAUUGAAGCACAUCGGGAGACGACAGCUGUUAGGAGUCAUGAGCGACAGCGGCGAGCAGAACUACGGCGAGCGGGAAUCCCGUUCUGCUUCCAGAAGUGGAAGUGCUCAUGGAUCUGGGAAAUCUGCAAGGCAUACCCCUGCAAGGUCUCGCUCCAAGGAAGAUUCCAGGCGUUCCAGAUCAAAGUCCAGGUCCAGAUCUGAAUCUAGGUCUAGAUCCAGAAGAAGUUCCCGGAGGCAUUACACAAGAUCAAGAUCUCGGUCCCGCUCCCAUAGACGAUCCCGUAGCAGGUCUUACAGUCGAGAUUAUCGAAGACGGCAUAGCCACAGUCAUUCUCCCAUGUCUACUCGCAGGCGUCAUGUCGGGAAUCGGGCAAAUCCUGAUCCCAACUGUUGUCUUGGGGUGUUUGGAUUGAGUUUAUACACUACAGAAAGAGAUCUGAGAGAGGUAUUCUCUAAAUAUGGCCCUAUUGCUGAUGUGUCUAUUGUAUAUGACCAGCAGUCUAGACGUUCAAGAGGAUUUGCCUUUGUAUAUUUUGAAAACGUAGAUGAUGCCAAGGAAGCAAAAGAGCGUGCCAAUGGAAUGGAGCUUGAUGGACGAAGGAUUAGAGUUGAUUUCUCUAUUACAAAAAGACCACAUACCCCAACACCAGGGAUUUACAUGGGGAGACCUACCUAUGGCAGCUCACGCCGUCGAGAUUACUAUGACAGAGGAUAUGAUCGAGGCUAUGAUGAUCGGGACUAUUACAGCAGAUCAUACAGAGGAGGAGGUGGAGGAGGAGGAGGAUGGAGAGCUGCUCAAGACAGGGAUCAAAUUUACAGAGUCUUAGACUUGCCAUUUGUUUACAGAAGGCGGUCACCUUCUCCUUACUAUAGUCGUGGAGGAUACAGAUCACGUUCCAGAUCUCGUUCAUACUCACCUCGUCGCUAUUAAAGCAUGAAGAUGAAGACUUUCUGAAACCUGCCCUAGAGUUGGGAUAUUGUUUGUGGACAAUAUUUUUUAUUGUCUCCUGUUUAAAAAGUGAACAGUGCCUAGUGAAGUUAGGUGACUUUUACACCUUUUAUGAUGACUACUUUUGGUGGAGUUGAAAUGCUGUUUUCAUUCUGCAUUUGUGUAGUUCGGUGCUUUGUUCAAAGUUAAGUGUUUUCAGAAAAGUAUGUUUUGCAUGUAUUUUUUUACAGUCUAAAUUUUGACUGCUGAGAAGUUUCUAUUGUACAAAACUUCAUUUAAAAGGUUUUUCUACUGAAUCCAGGGUAUUCUGAAGAUCGAAGCCUGUGUGUAAAAAAAAUAUUACCAAAUGGUAAAAAGCAACAAUAAAGUUUGGUUUUUACUUUUC